AUGCUUGCUACUGGAAAGCUGAGCCUCGUGCUUGUUUUAUUCACUAUCGAGUGCCUUGCCGUCAACCUCUCAUACUCUGCCAGAUUCAAGGGCCUCAAUGGUCAGACGACAUCGAAUGGAUACAAUGCGGGCUCUAUUACCGAAGACGAGGCCACCUUCAUCAGGAACAAUUGUGCGACAUGGGGCUAUAAUUGUUCACCAGCUGGCCGGAACCAUCUCGCAAUUAAAUACCCAACAAUAGCUGAGGAUAAGAACGCGUCCAAAGCGCCCCUUGAUGCAAUGCGGUCUAGGGUCAAUGCUGAGCUGAGGACUUACAGACAGCAGAGAGAUGCAGCAGCUCACAACGGUGGAGAAACUAACUCGGCCCCUGGGAAAAGUGGCAAAGGCUCUAGCAAAGGGUCUAAUAGGAACAAACUUGGGAAGAAGAGCAAGGGUGCGCCUUCUUUUCGCUUGGGAUGCAGCAUAGUAUCAGCCAUCGGUAAAGCGAAUGACAGUAAACACCCAAACCUCCUACGCCUACGCGUCCUCCGCACCUCUCUCGAACGUAUCCUUGUGGCCCUGCUGCUCCAGUGGCUUCCCGUCUUCCUCCGAACAUUCGUAGCUACAAUACUACCCGGCCUCUUCCUCCCCGACCGCGUGGUACUCAAGAAGAUAAAGCCAGGCUGGCUCGACGAGUUUGAGAAUGAAAAGGCUGUUUACGAACAGCUUGAAAGCCUCCAAGGCUAUGUGAUAUACAAAUUCUAUGGUGAGGAGACAGUCGAGGGAACGCGCGGUCUUGUUCUGUCCGAGGUGGAUGGCAUCAUGCUGUGGGAGCAGAAGCUGCCACCGCUCGGGAUGGACGAGUUCAAGGCGCGUGUCGAAGUUGCGUUCCGGGCGCUCAAUUCAUUCGGACUGGUGUACGAUGACCUGAAACUAGACAAUAUGAUUCUUCUCCCAGACCGGGUUGUCUUGGUUGAUUUGGAGUCGGUGGGUGCACCUGCGGAGGAAGAUAAGGAGUAUUGCUUCAACUCUGAUAGAGCCCAUCUCAGGGUCGCGUACUGGAGAUAUCUGGAUAAUUGCUAUGAUGAUGACUUUUAG